CCAGACAGGCGGAAAAGGCGAUGUAUUGUAUUUGCCAUAAGGCGAUCGAACAUUUGAAAUUUUUCAUUUUCUGUAAUUUGCGUUGGUCACCCACGCUGAACGACAGAAAGUAUAUAUAACCUGGCAGAAACGUUAGAUUUUCAAAAACCAAUAGAUCUUUCCGUAACGUUUUGGAGAAAGAGUGAAAAAAAGAGGAAUCAAUUCGUUUGAAUCAAGCAUGAAUACCGUUCAUAUUCUGUUGGUCGCUAUGCUUUGCUGUGUCUGGUCUAUAGCCUCUCGGCAUUUGCCUGGAGAAGGGGAAAGAAUUUCUCGUGCUGUGACGAAGAAACUAGAGAAAGAUGGCAGUAAUGAGCUGGAAGCAAGAUGUCUUCCGGGUCUCUGGUGUAAUAACGAAAACGACGAAGUGUCAGCCAAGAAAUCUAAGCCUGAUUCCUCACAGGAUUACCUUGUGGGAACUGAGAAACGUCCGAAAGAAAACUCACUAAAACAGGCAUUUUCGAUGGUGAAAAAGGCCCGCGAUGCUAUGUGCCUUCCAGGACUUUGGUGUAACAGAGAUAACGAGGAAGUGUUGGAACAAAAAAGCAAUAAACGCAAACUCUCUAUAUCACAACAGUAUCCUUUGCAAACUGAGAUCAGCUCGGAAAAAAUUGCAUUUAAAAAGCCACCAUACUUCGCUAAACAGCGCCGCAGUGCCAUGUGUCUUCCAGGACUUUGGUGUAACAGAGAUAACGAAGAAGUGUUGGAACAAAAAACUAAUAAACACAAACUCUCUUUAUCACAACAAUAUCCUUCGCAAACUGAGAUCAGCUCGGAAAAAAUUGCAUUUAAAAAGCCACCAUACUUCGCUAAACAGCGCCGCAGUGCCAUGUGUCUUCCAGGACUUUGGUGUAACAGAGAUAACGAAGAAAUGUCGGCAACAAAAUCACAACAGUACCCCGAAAAAGCCCAAUAAACAAUCUUAAGACGUGUUUUAGAUAAUGGAUUUUAAAGGAUUCGAAUGAAAGGCAUCUUUGAAGUAAAAACACAAGUUUUUAAAAUGUUAAAGUUUCUGGGAUUUAGAAAUCUGUAAUUUCGUUGAAGAUAUCUCAAAAUAUAUAAUUUUGUCCUAUUAAUGAAAUGAAAUGAAAUCUAUUAAACUACUAUAUCAAUAAAUUUACCAAACGAA